AAGUGACUGAACGUGCCGUCACUGUCAGACAACAGAGACACAAAGAUGGAGGUAAUUCACACUUUAAACGCUUUAGUCAAAUCUCUGCUGUUUGUACUGCUGUGGACAAACAGUGAGGGGAGAGAGUCGGAGCUCAACUAUGUCACCUGCGGCUCUCUGGUCAAACUGCUCAACACCAGACACAACGUCCGGCUGCACUCCCAUGAUGUCAAAUACGGCUCAGGCAGUGGACAGCAGUCUGUAACUGGAGUGGAGAAUGCAGAUGAUGCCAACAGUUAUUGGCAGAUUCGUGGGAAGCCCAACCGUCCUUGUCAGCGUGGGGCGGCCAUCAAGUGUGGUCAGGCCAUCCGCAUCACACACAUGAAGACGGGUCGAAACCUCCACACACACCACUUCAGCUCACCGCUGUCUAAUAACCAGGAGGUCAGCGCCUUUGGAGAGAACGGCGAAGGUGACGACUUGGACGUGUGGAUGGUGCAGUGCGACGGCGUCCACUGGGAGCGCGAAGAGGCCGUGCGCUUCAAACACGUGGGCACCGACGUCUUCCUGAGCGUGACUGGCGAGCAGUAUGGACCCCCCAUCCGCGGCCAGAGGGAGGUGCAUGGCAUGAGCUCCCCCAACCAGCACAACUGGUGGCGCUCCAUGGAGGGCGUGUUCGUGCAGCCCAGUCAGAUGCCACUGCGCCAUGACGAGCUCUGACAUCAUCACUAGGAGACACAAAGCACGUGGAUUCCAUGUGAAGCUUUUCUAGCUCUCCUGGACCAGAUGAUGUCAUGUGUGAAGGAUGACGAAUAUUUGACUGCUGACUCUUCUGUGUACAUUUGAAGCACUCAGGUCGGUCGUGAAUGAGGAGGAUGAUGUGAUUUUUCCUAAAAGUUUGAAUAUGAUCAAUGAUACUGUAUGUAGUGAAGGUCUAUAUGCUCUAUAGAUCAGUCUCCUCUUUAGAGAAUUUUAAAGGGAAGGAAUUACUUUUUGUAAAAAAUCAAGGCUGGACCCCCAAUUAGGCAUAGCAGCUACCAGUGGGCCCCUAGGAGCCCUGAAAGACACAAGCUUGCUGUUGUAAUCUAAUUAAUUUUGUAAAUACACACGUCCAAAGAACAAUAUCAGUUGUAAUGUUAACAGACUGUGUGUCGAAUAAAACCUUUGUUUUAGUUCA